AUUCUGAAACACGUAUGGGCUUAAGGCACAUGUAUCCUGAUCCUCCAAAAGAUGACCAGACUCUAGAGAUUCAACAGCAGGCGCUGUUGAGGGAGCAGCAGAAGAAACUUGACAGAAUGAGAAUGAGGAGAGAAAUAGAAGCCGUAUUUGUGUUGCCUGGUAAUGGACCCAGAGGUGAGCAAGAUGACCAAGAGGUGGAGGGUGACAGUUACUUGCAGGGUGUUUUGUUUGGUGCCCUGGUGAGAGUUAAAGGUGAUUCCUCUCCCACCGGUGUUCAAGCAACAUGUGCAGUACAGCUUGUGGGUAACUUCAGGAAUGAAUCUCAUGAAUUUCUGAAAAACUCACUGUUGGAAUCGGAUAGCGCUUUUAUUGGUGCUAAUGGGGAAACGUUUCCUGCCUUAGAAGAAGUUAAUAUAUCACCACAGCAUCCACCUUCUGCACGGGAGAGGAGACGAAUAAAGCAGAAAGCUCUGGAGUGCGCUGAGGAUGUUCCACUGGUGCAGACACCGGUGCUGCAGCCUGAUGGCUUUUCUUUGCACUCGAACUUCAGUCUCGAUGUCGAUCAGUUGAAAGGCAAGAACGAGGAACGAUUGCACAGACUGACUGAGCUCCAGCAGAAAUCUGCCUACUUAGGCGAUUCCCUGUCGUCAGGAGAAGCAGACACCCCGUUGAAGCAGGCGCAGGCGGACGUGCGGCCCGGCUCCACUGACACAGUUGCGACAGAGCCCUGGCUGCGACCGGGAACCUCAGAGCCGCUCCAGAGGUUCAUGGCUGAGCGGUCCAGCUCGGCAAAGCUUUCGCCUGAAACCGCGCUCCCCCUGAGCUGGCAAGGCCUGUCCACAGCGCACGGUUGA